GCGAGUCUCGGCAGCCCAACUCCGAGCAUUGUGGUGUCACGACAAUGAAUGCGGGAGGAAGUACAUGAAGGGGUGUCCGUUACGAACUUGUUCAGCAUUAGAUGGAUUAUCAUGUGGAGAAGCUGAGGGUGAGGGACAAGGUCUCACAUCACAAGAAUUCGAAUUGUUGAAAAUUAGAAUUGGGGAAAUGUGGAGGAUAGCGUCGACUUUGUUCGAGGUAUUCAUCCAGAAGGGUGCAGAGUUGGAGGGUUACCGAGUCCGGGUUAGGACUGAUAAACCACUUAAUGUUUCCAUCAAACCACUGGAAGCUAUAGAAUUCGGUUGGAUAGCCCAGAUUCCAAAAGAGUUGGCUUUGGCACAUGUCUUUAAUAGGAGUGCACUUGAACCUAACGGAUAUUUUGGGGGACCGGUUAGCUAUAUGAACUGGUGCGAAACUAAAAAACAGAAGGUUGCAGUCAUUACAUGUGAGAGCCAUUCCAUGUGCAGGAUAUACUUGUCUGGUUCUCACGGUCCUGGCAAGGAGCUCAAGUGGGAUUACGGUCGCACAGAGAUGCCCAUACUUCAUGAUUGGUUCUUGCCUGAGUGUUGUCAGUUGUCCACUGUUGAUCCUGUAGAGAAGAAGCGGCAUGAAAAGUACAGCAGCAGUAGACGGAUCCACUGGUUUACAGAGUCGUGUGUCCUAUGUGGGGAGCUCUUUUCAAUUGCUAAUAAGGAAUUUAGAGUCCAGAGGAAGCAGCACUUCAUUGGAAAGCACGCAAACUUCCUGGGCAGUCUUUGGGAUGGAUGCGGCUCCUAUGAUUUAGAAAAAGUUUCUCGUGACACUUUGCUGUACAUGGCUGAAAAACUGAAUCAUUUCUUGAAUGAAUUGAAAACCAUGAAUUGGGGCUGGCUUCCUGCAUGCAAAGUCUUCAAUGAAGAGGAAAUGGAGCUUUUUGAAAAGGACCCUGAAGGUUUAAAGCAUGAACUGUGCAAGAGGAAGGAAAUGUUCAAAAGGGCUGGAGUCCUGAUCCUUCGUGGCUUAGAUGUUCCCUCCACAUUUGAGCAUUUCAAACCAAUUGAACCUCUGAGGUGGAGACUAAUAGCAUGGGAGAAGAAUAUGAAGCCGACACCUGGGCGUUAUGCUGUUGCACCUGAGGUGAAGAGAGAAAUUGAGGCACUGACACCAUCAUUUCUCUCUACCUUUUUUGAAAAGUACAUGGAAAUUUCUUAAAUCCUUUCAUAUUCAUAUGGGAUUUGAAAAUGGAGGUAAUGGUCUCGAUAUAAAAUUGGAGUGCAUGAAACAGGAACUGGUUCAGUCAACACACUUUCUUUGAUUCGAAGUACAAAGUAACCUGAGUGGGAUGAGCACACAGAUCAUAUUUUAGUGAUGAAGCAAGUGUCUCUUUAUCGACACUCCAUAUAUGCAUCCCAAGCACCAAAUUCUUCCUGAAGACAUUUGUAAGAAAGCUGGGCAUGCAUUUUCCUCCCUUUUCUCAGUCGUUCAAUGUAAUUCAGUUUCUUUCAUUUCAUGAGUACAUAAAAAUACACAAAGAGGGGGGUCAUAUAGGUGACUUUAGAGUUAAAUAACAAUCCUGGUGUCUUGUGUAAUUUUAGAGAAUAAUUUAUUGUUAUUAUUUUAUUGGUUCAUUCACAUUUGACCAUACAGAGAUGUCUCAGCCUUGUCAGAUAGUUGCAUUAAAUUAAGUACAUUAAUAAACAGCUUUAAAUUGGUUGAAAAUAUGAACAUCAAUCAAGUCCAAGAUUUGCCAGAACUGCUUCUGAUUUCAUCUCUCUUCCAUCUUCUCCCAAUUCUUCUUCAACAAUUCCUCCUUGGUAACAUCAUCCAUCUUGAAAUCCUUCAUGAAUGUUUCUACGGGAACUGUUA